AUGCUUGUAUGCAGGCAAGACAGUGACUGUCACUGUGGAAAUGACAAAUUUCAGGCAAAAUGUCAUCAAUCGGAGAAUCAACAGUCCUUGUGUAGCAGUUGCCAUCCAGUCCAUUGUGAUCACAGUCCGUGUCUUUCUACGCAGAUCUGUGUAGCAGAAAAAUACAACACGUACACCUACUACAGUUGCAGAGAUCACUGUUACGAUGAUUGCUCGGUUGGAACGACCUGCGUCAAAAACUAUACCAGUCAUAGCCAUUGUAUAGACCCUUGUUUACCAAGUCCUUGUUCAACUAGAAAGACCUGCAUUAAAAGAAACUCUUCCCCAUUCUACUCGUGUGAAGAAGCUUCACACACCACUCAACCCACUUCCAAACCAACUGAUCCACCGACCACAAAAACAAGCACAUCCAGAACAACACUCCAAUCGACAACAGAAGAAGCUAGCACAGCGUCGCCUGCACCCACACCGGCACCACCACAAUCGGAUUGCUCUGAAUUCAACAUCACAUUACAUGGAUGCCGUGACAGCUCGGCCUGCCUCUUGCCUCACCUACUUGAAGUCCUUUGUCCCGAUCCACAGCAGGCGAAGUAUUGUCCUACCAAAUGUGGAUGUUGCCAACCCACGUUCAUAGGCUAAGAGACAUCACUGUGACAAC